AUGUCGAAGGCGGUCUCGGGAUGGGUCAAACAUCUCUGUAGCACGAUGAACGGUCAACUCGAGUUGUAGCCAACAGAGUAACUGAUAGAGGCACAUACCACGUGAGGAAGAUGAGCAAAAGUCGAGAUGCCGGAGAAACCCCACUAUGAUUGGAGCCAGUCAGUAUAUGUAUCGAUAACAACUAUCGCCUCGUGCUGUGCUUGGCACGUAAUCCUUCGGUCGGAACAGAUGCUCUUCACUCAAUUAACUUACGUCUGUUCCCCAUUUACGUUCCAGAUCGACAAGAAUCUCAUCUUGAGUGCGCUCAUCAGAGGCGGGGUUAGAGCUGUCGUCUGCAUGGGCCAGCGCUGCUUCGAAGAUGAAGGCAAGGCCAACCACUAGCGCUAGCCAUACAUGAGAGAGCUUUAGCCGUAUCAUGGUGAUAGAGGGGCAGCAGUCAGAUCGGGGGAUGAAAAAAAAAAAUCUUUCGCC